AUGUCCGAACAAUCCACUUCCAAUCUUCCACCAGUGCCUUCUCCCACCUUUGUGUAUCACUUGGUCAGCUUGAAGGCAUUUGAUGACGAUGUCGCUCAACACGGCAAUGAAUACUUCCAAGGUGAUACUCGUGAUGGUUUUUUGCACAUGUCCAUGAAGGAAGAAGUUGAAAAGACUUGUCGAUUGUAUCUCAGCAACGUCUCCGACUUGAUCAUACUCAAAAUUGAUUUGAAAAGUUUGGAGCAAAAGCUGAAUCCACAACUCGGAGAAAGGAUUUCCUUUGAUUGGGUCCAAUCCAGAAAUAAUUACUUUCCACAUCUCUACGGCAAGCUACCAGUGGAUUGUAUUGUUGAUAUCAUUGAAGUUACUCGGGAUGAACAGAAUGGCCAGCACAUCUUUGAUAAUAUUCAAUUCUAG